AUGGCGUGCAACGGCAUCAUCUGCAUGCAAAUCCAACGUUACAGCACGGGAAACAAACCGUGGGCGCCGUGCAACCACCCAAGCGCAUCCUUGGAAGGGGAAUUAAGGGAGAGUCACCCCAACGUCGCCAAAGGUCCAAUGCACCCUGCAAUCGAGACGAAUGCUGACGACACAAGAUUCAGGCUCCAAGGAUUCCUGCCUGUGUGGAUCGUUAGCAGCUUUGGAAAUGCUGCCCAAGCUCGUCAUCGCGACGUGGCUGGAAGGCAAAGGAAGGUCUAUCUUAGUUCACUUGCAGGUGGGACUGCGGUCUCUCUUGAGAGGAUGUGGGUUCGUUUCAUCGAUAAAUUUAGCUCCGGACAUGAGGACGCUGCCUUGACAGACUCGUUACCAGGGUACUUUGAGGCGUCAUAGCAAUUCGGCUCAACUUGCAGGCUCUUAGUUAUCUAGUGAUCUUAGCACUGUGAAAGUAGAGCACAAGUGAGAAGUAGACAUUGAAAGUCUGUUUUCUUUCUGCCGUUUACCUCUUGCCUGCAAGGUAUAGGUGAGGACUAGGUCCAGUUAUCGAAUGUACCUGAUGCAGAUACUUGCUGAGGGCUGGCUAUGCAACGACAUUCAUUGAUCUAAAAUUAGUUGAUCUUUUGUUAUCAACAUGGGCAGUCACUUUUCAGUUGCA